AUGUUUGUGAUCUUCUUUAAAAUGCCACAUGGCCAGUUGGAUUUAUAUAUAUAUGUAUUUUUAACAUUCACAGCUGGUAUUUUUAACAGUUUCUGCCGUGAUGCUCCUGCCUCUUUAUCUUCUACCGUAUUGAAAAGCAUGAAACUCUCAACAGCGAUGAAGUGUGUACAGGGAAGCCAAUGCUCUCUUCACUUAAGCAUUAAAGCGACCCUGAAUCUUGAUGAAAAUAUUCGUGGUCUGGAAAUCUGUUCUCUGUCAGCGGAGAUGCAGCAGUCUCAGUGUGUGAAUGUGAGAUUUUCUAGAAAAACAAGCAACAAGCUUGUUGGAAGGAAGGUGCAUGUGCAGUUUAAUUGCUUUGAAGUCAAUGUAGCACAACACAUCUAUGUGACCAUGAAAACAAUACCAAAUUACUGUGAAGUCAAGAUGAGUCAGGAGUACUAUGUUGAAGAUUGCAGGAACAAUGAUGUGGGAAAACAUAUUCCAGUCUGUUUUGGUGAGCUGAGCAUCAUUGAACAUGCAUCACAUUGUCAUUGUGCUUGUGGUCAGCUUCUUGUAGAAUAUGUGGUGGAUAGUGUGGAGUUUAUCAAUGCCAUUCUUCAAAUGAAUGAAUGGACACAAAUGAUUGGAAGACCAAAGCUACAACUUUAUGCUGAACAAUCUGGGAAGUUGGAUUAUAAUGUGGACAGGGUGAGGAAAACCAUAUCUGUGAAUGUAUCAGACUUUCUUCAAGACCAAGACUAUUAUGUUCGUUUAUGUCACAAAUGGUUUACCUGUGAAGACGUGGGGUCAUUUGCUUUGAUAAAAGGGAAGGAGUCUUUGAAGUCAAUUUCCUUGCAAUAUUCCCAGUUACUGCCUUGUCUCUGCAUUGAGGGUUGGUCAGCGAUCCCAGAUGCAAGGAGGACACAACUUUGCCCUUUUAAAAAUGAUACAAAGGCACUGUGGGAUAACAUUGUAUAUAAUCCAGCCACACAAACACUAGCCUGGGAACCAGCCUGUCCUGUGCACGUCACUGUUAACCUGUGCAGGUUAACAAAGUCGAAUGACCAAUGUGUAGAUCUACAAAACUCAUCAACUACAGCUCCAGAGAAACAGGUAAAAUAUUCCCGCGUAGACACUCAUCCAAGACUUUGCAUGAAGUUUACAACCAAGCAAGGCUCUUGGGUUAGAUGCCCAUUUGCUCAUGGGAAUUUUCCAGCUUGGAAAAUGAGAAUUGCUGCCGGGGCAGAACAGAUACAAGUCUCCUUCAUGUCACAAACCAAAGCACAAUUUUCAGUGCUGGUGUGUAACAAGGCACAGCUGUCUUCAUGUGACUCUGUUGGGAUACGCCACUCAGUCUCAGCGGGUGACUCUCAUCCCACAUCUGUCAAUAUUUCAGGUGAAAUAUGUGGCUCACAAGUAUGCAUUCAGGGCUGGAGGACAGAUGUAGAUUAUUCUGUUCCACUACAGAUCUGUGAUAUCCAAUGCACAUUAUCUUCCCGGAGUCAAGAAGACGAUGAAAACUCCAUAAGGAUCAUGUUGCUGACAGCAAUCAUUUUAAUCCUGGUGACAAUGAUGGCUCUCCUUGGACAUAAAAUUUUAACAGUUUUUCACAGAAAGAAACAUGACAGCAGAAGUCCAGCACAGAUCAUAAGGCAGAGUUUUUCCACUAGAGUGAAGAGUACCUCUUCCUUGCAUUGAUGAUGGUGGCUGGUGAAUUUAGCAGAACUCUUUCAAGAUCCUCAACGUCCUUCUCAAUAUCAGGUUGACUUUACAUGUUACUUGCAAACCCUUGUACACACGAGUAGUCUGCUCUCAUGCAAACAGACUUUGGUAGGACUAUUCACAAGUGUAAAAGGCUUUACAAGCUCAGAGUGUAACAUUUUAACUUCUUCAAAUGAGGGAGUAUCACAUAGUCUGUUUGCCUAUAUCUCAAGAACAGAAAAGGUUGGUUAGAUCAUGUGGGUAGAGACUCUGGCCCACAUUUUCCUGUGAAAUGAAUGGUUUAUUUAAGAUGCCAGAAGUGGGCAGGUUUCGCACCCCAGUUGCUGUAGUAUGGGUACUUCAAGAUUUACACAUUUCUAAUCUUCCUUUUAAAACCAUAAACCUGAAUUACUAAGA